UUAGGAAUAUCAUGGCGCAGAUCGGGUCAAAAUCAUACUAAUUUUUGCAUUUCAACCCGAUUUGUUUUUUAAAUUAUCUGUAAAAUUUUGGAACCAAUACCUUAAAAAAAACAUGUUGAAAAGAGCCUCGUUGGCGUUGAGCUACUACCCUGAUGCCUGUUUCCGUGUCUGCAGUUGUAGCACGUGUCUCCGAAUGUAUCACGUGGUAAAAUGCAGGGAGGAUCUGAAUGUUGUUCAGAAGUCAAAUCAGGACUAUAGGAGAACGCCGAAAGAGCUGCACAGCGUGCUGACUUGCCAGAAGGGUACUUACGAUAUCCUAAGUCAUCGACCCGAUCAGCCGCUGCGAAGUGCGUUCCUGAAAGAUCUGGAGAAACACCUGAACCAGAGAAUCCUGAGAAAAGAGUUUUUGGGUCGUGAGAUGACGUCCUUUAAGCGAGAAAUUUUCUGCGAAACAGCCAGUUCCGCCGAUGGGUGUGGGGAGGAAAAGUGCGGGACAGGGUCGAGUAGGGGUAAGAAAAAACGUGGAAAGUGUGGAAAGGGUGGUGGAAAGAAAGGGGAUGAUGGAGAAGAUGACAUGGAAAGGCUGAAAAAGCGGUGCAAGGAGUUUCGGUCCGAGAAAAAGUUAAACAAGUGCAGGGAAAAGGUUGCAAUGAAUAAGUGCAAGAAAAUGGCAAAGGCGAAAAAAUGUCAGAAAAAGAACAAAAUAGAGCAAUGCAUGAAGUGUGUCAAAAAAGAAAGAGGAGAUGAGGAUGAGGAAUGUGAGGUAGAGAAAAAAUGCCCCGACGAGGAGGAAGAGUUGGAAAAGCUGAACAAGGAAAUCCAGAAAUUGGCCGAUCAAAUGAACUGCGAAAAGUUGGCAAAAAUAGAAGCCAUCAAACAAGCCUGUCGAGAAGAAAAAGAAAAGGAAGAGUGCGCCCGGUUAGCUGCAGAAGCCCGGAGAAGAGCCGAAGAAGAAAGAAAACGCGCAGAAGAGGAGGCCAGGAGAAUGGCCGAAGAGGAAGCCAGGAAAGGGCCUGAAGAAGAUCUGUGCGAAAUCAAGAGACAGUGCACCCUGCUGGCCAAGGAGGCGAGAAAGAAGGCGAAGGCCAAGCAGAAAAAACUAAAGGCCCUAGCCGCGAAAGCCAGGGCCAAGAAAAUGAAGGAGCAGUGUAAGAAAAUAGCCGCAAUUCAAAAGUGCCGCCAACAGGCGAAAAAGGAUCAGGCCGACAAGGAUAAGGCGGAAUGCGAAAAGGCCGCCAAGGAGGAGGCUGACAGACUUAAAGCCUUGCAAGAGGCUGAGCUGGCCAGAAAAAGAGCCGAAAGCGCAGAUAAGGCCAAAAAAGCAAUGUGCCAGAAAAUCAAUAAACAGAAAAAACCAAAAGAAGAUGUAUGCGCUAAAUACAAGUUCAAAGAAGCAGUCCAAGUUAAAAAGGAAGCGAGCAAAUCUGCACAAGUAUCGGAUGUAAAAGAGAAUAGCAAAAAGGAGAUCGCCAAAACGCCACCCCCGCCUCCUCCCCAACCACCAAAAGCUGCUAAUCCAUCCCCUACACCUCCACCACCCUCACCACCCAAACCCAAACCCAAACCCAAAGCCAAGCCCAAUCCCGACGGACUGUUCCAGAUAUGCAAAAAAAUAGCCGAAAAGAAGCUUAGACAAAGGAAAAAGAAAAUCAAGGUCCUUAAGGCCAAAUGCAAAAAAAUAGCUCUUAAGGAACAGUGCAAGUGUGAGAGGAAAGCAAGAAAGGCCAAGGAACUGGAUGAAUACUGCAAGAAAAAGAAGUAAACAUGGAACAAUAACACCCCUCGAAGUUCAUUGAUCUUCCAAUGCUCCAUAUAAAACAAGUUCCUAUAAACUCAACGCAUUUGGCUCGCAGGUUUGGCUAGGCCCAUCAAUUCUUCAUUCUUUUGUGUUUUAUUACGAUAACAGUCGUACAUCAGUUUUAGGCACUAUUGCUGGCUUAUAAAAUUAAAAAAAAACAAAUUAAAUUUGAGCAUUAAAAAUCGGAAUUGACAA